UUAUGGGCAUCAGCUGUUCAGCUGUUUUUUGUGGUUUGGCAGCAACGUUGUGUUCAUGUAACCAAGAAGUUAAAUUACUGUGUGUUUUUAUACUGGCAUAAUAAAUACUUGGUGGAUACAGUAAAUAGAUAAUUAAAAUGCGUGUGCCCUCUGCCAUAUUCGCCUAUAAAAAUCGUGAUGCUCGUGCACCGCAGAAAGAACAUGCAGUGCCGUUCCAAGAAAUAUUACCUCUUCGUUUAAAAAAUAGAGUAAGCGGUAAAGCAGAUUCUACGUCCGAUGUGGCUUGCUUGCAGGAAAUGGGAGUACUUUUCGCGUGCCUCAAAGAUAAUGAAUUUGUAGAAAAGUAUUGCAAUAAGGAAAUACAGCAAUUCCAAAAAUGUUAUAAAUUUUUUGCGGACUCAAAAUUCGAAGCAAAGAAAACUGUGAACCAGGGUAUAAUAACACCAGGCAAAAACCUCAACUAUAAACAGCUCAACAAGUACAUGCGACGCUUUCCAAAUCCACAGUAGUCCUUGCUACAUGUCCAUAUCAAUAAUGAACAAUAAAUUAUUUCAACAAGGGCAUAUCAUUGAGUAUAACAAGAUGACAGUUUAGCCUGGACCAGAGAAAAUGCAUGUUGUUCAGGGAUAUAAGACGAAAAAACUGUUGGCUCAAGUUGUGUUAUGCUAACUAGAAAUACUAAGG